AAUGGCCAGCAUGGAUAUUGAACAAGUAAUCACUCUUGGAUUAGCCCUUCUCCUUGCUGUCAAAUAUAUUUUCUUUGAACAAGCAGAGACUGAAUCCACACUCUCACUGAAGAAUCCCAUAACAUCUCCAGUGGUGGUCCAGAAAAAUGUCCCUGAGAAUUGUUGCAGGAAGCAAUCUGGAGUUCUGAAAAACAAACAGAAAUCUAACACAGUAGAAGAAGCUUUAAUUCCGAAAGAUGGAAAUGCUGAAGUCAUAAAACCUGUAUUAGCAGAGUCAUCAACAAAGGCUACAUUUGUAGUUGGCAGUUGCAACUCCGUGGAAACUUCUUCAUUUCUUAACGGAAAAGAGGAAGAAAUUGAGUUACCGAAAGAACCACGUUCUAUUGAGGAAUGUGUUCGUAUACUUGGAAAUGCAGAGAAAGGAGCAAAAUUCCUUACUGAUGCUGAGGUUAUCAGCUUAGUAAAUGCUAAGCAUAUUCCUGCAUACAAACUGGAAACCCUGAUGGAAACUCAGGAGCGAGGUGUGUCCAUUCGCAGACAGAUGUUAUCUAAGAAACUCCCUGAACCUUCAUCUUUGCAGUAUCUUCCUUAUAGGAAUUAUAAUUAUUCUUUGGUUAUGGGAGCUUGCUGUGAAAAUGUGAUUGGAUAUAUGCCUAUUCCUGUAGGCGUAGCAGGACCACUAUUUUUGGAUAACAAAGAGUUUCAGGUGCCAAUGGCAACAACAGAAGGAUGUCUUGUAGCAAGCACCAACAGAGGAUGUAGAGCAAUAUGUCUCGGUGGAGGAGCAAGAAGCCGCAUUCUGGCAGACGGGAUGACUCGAGGACCUGUUGUAAGGCUGCCCACUGCUUGCCAGGCUGCAGAAGUGAAAGUUUGGCUUGAAACCCCUGAAGGCUUCAAAAUAAUGAAGGAAGCUUUUGACAGCACAAGUCGGUUUGCCCGCCUACAAAAACUUCUCAUCAGUUUGGCUGGUCGUAACCUUUAUAUCCGUUUUCAGUCUGGAACAGGGGAUGCAAUGGGAAUGAAUAUGAUUUCGAAAGGUACUGAAAAAGCACUGGCAAGGUUGAAUGAAGAGUUUCCUGAUCUCCAGGUUAUAGCUAUUAGUGGUAACUAUUGUACAGACAAAAAACCUGCUGCUAUAAACUGGAUAGAAGGAAGAGGGAAGUCUGUUGUCUGUGAAGCAGUCAUUCCAGCCAAGGUUGUCAGAGAAGUAUUGAAGACAACUACAGAAGAUAUAGUUGAAGUCAACAUAAACAAAAAUCUGGUGGGUUCUGCGAUGGCUGGUAGCAUAGGUGGCUUCAAUGCACAUGCAGCAAACAUUGUGACAGCUAUCUACAUUGCCUGUGGUCAGGAUGCUGCACAGAAUGUGGGCAGCUCUAAUUGCAUCACUUUGAUGGAGCGAACUGGUUCCACCAAUGAAGACUUGUACAUCAGCUGCACAAUGCCUUCUAUAGAAAUAGGAACUGUUGGUGGAGGCACCAACUUGCUUCCGCAGCAGGCCUGUUUGCAGAUGUUAGGAGUUCAAGGUGCAAGCCAAGAUAACCCUGGUGAAAAUGCCCGUCAGCUUGCUAAAAUUGUUUGUGGUACAGUGAUGGCAGGGGAAUUAUCACUAAUGGCAGCUCUUGCAGCUGGGCAUCUAGUCAAAAGCCACAUGAUCCACAACAGGUCAAAAAUAAAUCUACAAGAUCUUCAAGGAACCUGCACUAAGAAGGCAGCUUGAAUACUAAAAUGGCUUUGAAAUGAAGGAUUGUUCUAGCAACUGACCAGGUGCACAGGGUUAAAAAAAACCUGAAGUUCAGCAUGACAGUUACCUUCAACUCAAGGACUUCUAUGUAAGAUAAACUGAGAGUUCAGGGGACUUCUGUGAGACUACUUACGCCUUUGAUCUU